UUGUAAAGACUUCUACGGUACAGUUGUCAUUGUGGGGCGGUGUACCAUUCUCCAUAUUUCGAUUUCGUCUUGACGGAGUUGGGUGUUGUAGUGUCAACACCUGUGAUAAAUUUUGUUCAUUCUCGCUAUAUUUGGACUAGUAAGCCCGCAAGAUGGCUAGGAGUUCGUGUGGGACUUGUAUGCUCGUGUCUGCAACAAUUUUAGGACCGAUUGUUAUGAUUUUAUUGGCUGUGUCGUUCGCGACAGAUCACUGGUUGGAAUUUGAUGUAGAUACGCGAGAUCUAUCUUCAAAUGUACUACAACAGAGGGACACAGACUUUUUAAUGGCUAGAUACACACACUCAAGAAACAGAGGGCUGUUUAGAGAAUGUUACCCAGGAAAUGAUACGAAAUUUUUAGAGAACAGACAGUCCACAGACGAGGAACCAGUAGACGACCAUUGUUUCUACGUACGUUAUGAGAUCCCGGAGGAACAGACUGAUCAAGGGGAUUGGUCGGAUGAUUUCCUCUCUAGAAUACAUUUGAUAAGAUGUUGGCUGGCAUUUUUCAUUGUUGCCCUGGUUAUUUUCCUGGUUGCCUAUGUAUUUGGUCUUGUUCUGUGUUGUUGGAGACAAUCCAAAUGGGCUUACAUCGCUGGAUUGUGCGCAUAUAUAGCAGCAUUCUCCACUGCGGCGUCCAUUGCAUUUUUCCACGGUGCUGAAUACCUGGAGAGAAACAAGAUCAGUCAGACGGACCCUUACAUGGGCAAGUUCUACCUCUCUUGGGAUGCUAACACGAAGACUGCCACUGACCGUGACUAUGGGUACUCUUACAUUCUCGGCUGGGUUGGAAUGGCGUUAGCUGCUGUUGUUGCUACCCUAUACUCGGUCGCAGGCUGCUAUAUCGGUCAAGAGCGCUAUGCUGAUAAGGGCGAAAAGGAAUAUUUGGACAAGGGUCGUUCCCGUGAUUACCUAGAACGCAGCUACCCUAUGCCCCUUGAACCCCCGCAUAAGGAGUAUUACUACGGUUACCCAGCCAAUUACGGGUAUCAAGGUCCCUACCUGUAUGACAUGGACUCCCGCCAAGCACUUCCGGCGAUAUCGUACGAACCAGCCCAAGGUCCCUAUAGGUGGCAAUAAUGGACGAGUGUUUUUAGAUAGUCUGAAUGGUUUUGAUAUAUGUUUUUGAAUUACUCAUUGACUGGUAUGACCAAUGACGUCAAUUUCAUACUGUUGGUCUUUUAAGAAAAUACAAUUAGAUCGUUGCCAAGGAAUAUCUGUCCUAGCCGGCAGACUGUACAAAUUUUUUUCUGUGCCGUAUUUCUGGCGGGGCUUUUGAUGAAUCGAAAUCAUUUUUUCUAUGUCAUGAACUUGCGUUUGUACUGCAUGGUGUUUGAUUCCAGGAACAUGGCCUGUUAACCUAGCUAGCAAUAAUUAUAGGUAAUAAUCAACAAAGCAAAGAGAAUAGCUGUGCCAUGAAAGAUAAUUCCUUUUUACUGACAUGUAUAUGAAUAAUACCAAUAAUGAUAGCUUUGUACAAGGGGAAUAACAUUUUUUGCUAUAUGGUCCUCUAACAUAAUGAUUUAAAAGUUCUAUCUUUAGUGUGUUACAUGGGACAUAAAAAUGUUUAUCUAAAAUUUAGGAUGUGAGUGAUGUAUGCAUAAAAUCAUUCUAUGAUAGCUUGCAUGUUGAAUACAAAGUUGUUCUUGAUUUCCAAAUACCUUAAUAUAAUUUUAUUCUAAUACAUUUUUAUUCAUGUAUAUAUUUUCAUUUUUCAGCAAUAUUGGGCAUAUUCUAGUAUCAUUGUUCAUAAUCAUAUGAUAUGUUAACAACAUUGCAAUGUUUAAAGAAGUCAAGCUUUGCACGUCAUGGUAUGAUUUUGUGCUGUCAACCAAGUUACACUUAUCAAAUCAACAUUCUUUUUAUUGCCCGUGCAGCAAUAUUGUUUAGUUUAUAAAAACUGGUUCUUCGUGAUAAGCUCAAUGCCUCUGACAGGCAUAUACUGAAAAGAUAGUACACUGUACAGUACACUAAAUUUACAGUAAAUAUAACUAAACAUAUAUUAUGGCUCAAGUUUAACUUAAGGUACGUACAGACAGAAAAUAUAUGAUUAUUACCGCAUACAUACGUGCGCACGGGAGCUAUGAUCGAGCCAGUAAAUUUAUGUGAAAAAAAACCCUGAUAGAUGGAAAUGGUUUGAAACAGUCGAUAUCAAGUUACAGUUAGAUACUUACAAUCAGUUCAUCUAGACAUAGUUUAUGUUUCGCUCUUUUACACAUUUUUCUCAAACAAAUGUAUAUAUAUAUAUAUAUUGAACCUUUUAGUAUAAAGACAGAAUAAAUAUAUACUAAUAGACAUAA